AAAAGGUAAACAAAAUGUGCAAUUCGGGCCAAAGAAAAGGCAAUUUGUGUUGACGGGGAGGCUGGAGAGUGCAACUGGAAGGUGCUGGAUCCACUGGAGACGUGCGGGGGCUGCCAAAUGCCAAGAUAACUUUGAUAUUCAAAUGUUGGGCUCGUUUUCUGCUGCUGCUGCCGUUGCUGUUGCUGCUGCUGCCACUACUGUUGUUUUAAUUGGGUGUCGCAAUGGAACAGGAAAUCGGCACCUGGGACUCGGUGCUGCUCGAGAAUCUGUCCGAGGAUAGUUUUGUAAACAACAUCCAUCAGCGCUAUAAGCGGGAUCAUAUAUAUACCUACAUUGGAACUUCUGUUGUGGCUCUGAAUCCAUAUCAUCACAUAUCCGAGCACACGCUGGACAAUGUCCGCAACUAUGGCGACAAGGGCAUCUUCCAGCUGCCACCCCACAUUUACGGCCUCACCAACCUGGCCUACCAAUCCCUCAAGGAUCACAGCGAGGACCAGUGCGUGCUGCUCACGGGGGAGAGUGGAGCAGGAAAAACCGAGACAUUUAAAAUGAUUGUCAACUUUCUGACUCACAUUCAGGAUCGCUCGUUCUGCCCCACUCCGAAUGUCUUGCGCAAGCAAUCGUCCACCAGCUCGGCCAGCGGUGUUCCCGUGCACGCCCACAGGCGUGCCUCGAGCAGCUGCUCCGGCACUGCCAAUUUUAUUAUAUGCAAGAACAGGGCCGAGAACGCACCGUCGGCCAUUGCACGUCGCCAGUCACCGUCGCCUGGACCAUCGCAGCGCUCGAGGACGCGCGCCGAGAGCAUUGAACGCCAGAGCAGGCGUAAUAUGCGUGAGAAAAUCGUGGACUUUGAUUUCUCACACCACAAGAGCAGCGAGAACAUCAGCACACUGAUCGAAUCGCAUGCCGCCUCAUCCUCACAUCACUUGCAUCCAACCAAGUCAUGCUUCAAGCAUCAGCAGACUCAAGCUCAAGCCUGCACUGCCACUGCCACUGCCACACUGCCCCAAAAGGGGGCAAGCAACAACACAUCGCCCAAGUAUGCCAUGCUCUCGCACGGCGGCUGUCGCCAGUGCGGCCACAGCAAAUGCAUACGCGCCCAGAGCCUGGAGAAGGAAGAAUGCGGCGCCGCCGAGUCGCCGGUUCUGCUGCUGCGCGGCAGUAAUAGUCGUCUAUCAUCCACUACCGCCGCUGCCCACCAAAACAAUCUAAAUCGCGGUAGCUGCUCGAAUCUGGUGCGCCAGCACUCCACAGAGAGUCAGCCAGAAAGGGAUCGGGAUCGGCACUCCCUAAUGGGAUCCACGCAACGUAUUUCGCUGUACGAUGCACACAAGCUAAGCAAAGUGCUGGGCGAGCUGCCGCCGCCGUCGCAUCAUCCUAGCUCGGUCUCGGUGUCGCCCACGCCUUCGGCCAGCUCCUCACUGCAUCGACGCCACAAAUCGCCCACACAACGGCUGCGUGAGUGCGUCACCUGUGCUGAUGUCUUUCUAGAGGCCAUGGGCAAUGCCUGUACGCUGAAAAACAACAACUCCAGCCGAUAUGGAAAACUAUUUGAUAUUGAAAUUGAUUUUAGGGGCGAUCCGAUGGGAGUGCACAUAACCCACUAUAUGCUGGAAAAGACGCGCAUUACGGACACCAUCAUUGGCGAGCGAAACUUUCACAUAUUCUACCAAUUACUAUUGGGAGCUGAUCUCCAGUUGCUGAAAUCGCUCAAGCUGUAUCGAAAUGUGGAAAAGUAUGAGCUGCUGCGCAACACAACUGCCAUGGAGGAAGAUCGCUUAAACUUUCAUUAUACCAAGCGUUCUCUGGACGUACUGGGGCUUAGCUGUGAUGAGACUAGCUCCAUUUUUCGUGUCAUUGCUGUCGUUCUAAAGCUGGGCAACUUUAUAUUUGUGCCCGUGACCAAUAUCGAUGGCACCGAGGGCUGUCAGGUGUCCAAUGUGUAUGAGGUUCAAGAAACCGCUCAGUUGCUUAAUCUGGAGGCUCAAGUGCUAAUCAAUUGCCUGACGCGUGCCAACAGUUCGAACAGCAGUCAGGAGGAUGUGGGCUCCGAAAUGGAUGCCCGACAGGCGGCCAACAAUCGAAAUACACUGUGCCGCACACUCUACAGUCGUCUGUUCACGUGGCUGGUGAACAAAAUCAAUGAGACCCUGAAAUCGACGCAGCGCGAAAAGAACCUGGCCCUGCUCGACUUCUAUGGCUUCGAAGUGCUCGAUCACAAUUCGUUUGAGCAGUUUGCCAUCAACUACAGUGCCGAAAAGAUCCAUCAGAACUUUGUGUUCCAUUUACUGCGCUCUGAGCAAGAGCUGUACAUACGGGAGGGAUUGGAAUGGUCGCGUAUUGAUUACUUUGACAACGAGUCCAUUUGCGAGCUGAUUGACAAGCCAAGCUAUGGCAUCAUCAGCCUGAUCAACGAGUCCCAUUUGAGCAGCAAUGAGGCACUGCUUUUGCGUGUCCAACAAUGCUGUGCAGGGCAUCCAAAUUUCAUGACCAGUGGCAGUAAUUCCAUGUGUUUUCAGAUCCGUCACUUUGCCAACGUUGCUAACUACUCGAUUCAUCGCUUCCUGGAGAAAAACUCUGACAUGCUGCCAAAGUAUAUAAGUGCCGCCUGCUAUCAGAGCAAACUGUCGCUGGUGCAGAGCCUGUUCCCCGAGGGCAAUCCACGCCGACAGACGAGCAAAAAGCCCAGCACUCUCAGCUCGAACAUACGCACCCAGCUGCAAACGUUGCUGGCCGCUGUCAAGCAUCGUCGCUCCCAUUAUGUGUUCUGCAUCAAGCCCAAUGAGGGCAAGCAGCCGCAUCAGUUCGAUCUGGCUCUGGUACAGCAUCAGGUGCGCUACAUGUCACUAAUGCCGCUGGUCCAUCUGUGUCGCACCGGCCAUUGCUAUCACCUGCUGCACGUGAAGUUCUUUCAUCGCUACAAGCUGCUCAAUAGCCUCACUUGGCCCCAUUUCCAUGGCGGUAGCCAGGUGGAGGGCAUUGCCCUGAUCAUACGCAAUCUGCCGCUGCCAUCGGCAGAGUUCACCAUCGGCACCAAGAAUGUGUUUGUGCGGAGUCCGCGCACCGUCUACGAGCUGGAGCAAUUCCGACGCCUGCGUAUCGGUGAGCUGGCGGUGCUCAUCCAGAAAAUGUUUCGCAUGUAUCAUGCGAAGAAGCGGUACCAGCGCAUGCGACACAGUCAGAUGGUUAUAUCGAGUGCCUGGCGCACAUGGCGAGAGUGCCGCUUUGGCAUUCCCUUCACGGGUCGUAGGCACUUGUGGAGUUUAUAUCGUGUUGCACGUGAAGAGUAUCGAUCGCUCAAGUACAAACGCCAGGUAAAAUGGGCCAUCGAGGUGAUAGCUCGCUACUAUCGCCAGUGGAAGAUACGCCAGUUCCUGCUGACCAUACCGCUGCGGCUGCCACCGAACACACUGAGUCCGCUCUCCACCGAGUGGCCGGCGGCGCCUGGCUUCCUUGCAGACGCCUCUCGGCUCUUGCGCUCCAUAUAUCAUCGCUGGAAGUGCUACAUAUAUCGUCACUCCUUCGAUCAGACGGCGCGCAAUCGUAUGCGUGAGAAGGUUACGGCCAGCAUCAUAUUCAAGGAUCGAAAAGCCUCCUAUGCCCGCAGUGUGGGGCAUCCGUUUGUGGGCGAUUAUGUGCGUUUGCGUCACAAUCAGCAGUGGAAGAAGAUAUGUGCCGAGACAAACGAUCAAUAUGUGGUCUUUGCGGACAUAAUCAAUAAGAUAGCCCGCUCCAGUGGAAAGUUUGUACCCAUUCUGCUGGUGCUAUCCACUUCAUCGCUGCUGCUGUUGGACCAGCGAACUCUGCAGAUCAAGUACAGAGUGCCUGCCUCGGAGAUAUAUCGGAUGUCAUUGAGCCCCUACCUGGAUGACAUUGCUGUGUUCCAUGUGAAGGCGUCUGAAUUUGGUCGUAAGAAGGGAGAUUUUGUGUUCCAAACGGGCCAUGUCAUUGAGAUAGUGACCAAAAUGUUUCUAGUCAUACAAAAUGCCACAGGCAAACCGCCAGAAAUACACAUAAGCACAGAAUUUGAAGCAAAUUUUGGCCAACAGACUGUCAUCUUCUCGUUCAAAUACGGUGGCAUGUCGGACUUAGCACAAGGCCCGCCAAAGGUCACGCGCAAGGCGAACCGCAUGGAGAUAAUUGUGUGAUCCGCAACAGAAUCUAAUCAUAGCUACGAGUUAUCACCUUAGGGCAGCUGGGUUCGGUGGUCCGUAUCCAUAAUACAUACAUAUAUGUACAUCAUUUUACCAGUCAUCAUGCCUCUGCCUCAUCGUCGUUGUCGUCUUUUAUAAUGGUCCCAGGGAUCAAAAUACAAUUUUAGCAAUAUUUAAACCACACACACACAUUCAUUUACAGCGUAAGAAAAAGGUUUUUUUUGUUCACAAGCGACAAUCAGGAGAGAGAUUCAACCAUAAUUUGUUGUCAUUUGUUGUGCCAAAAAGGGAAACUAGUAGGAAGCGGUAGGGGAAUAGGAGAACUAAUUUUAGAAUGCACUCGUACUUUAUUUAUGCAAAAAGCAAGCAAACGAAACUAACGAAGUGAACAACUGAAUUUAUUCAUCUAAUUUGUUGUGUUCGAGUGUCGAGCGAUUUUAGGUUUAAGUGUAAGUUCAUAUGUCAUGCACCAAGUCGAUUAGAAUUGCAACAAUAAGUACGUACUGGCUACUGGAAUGGGGAGCAGUGUAGUGGAUCAGUGAAGAACGUUAGAGAUUUUACACAAACUAUUGAUAUAUAUAUAUACAUAUAUGGUAUAUAUAUGUAUGUAUUUCCGUUAUAGAAACCAAGGCAUUUCUCUUAAAUUUUAAGGUUUCAUACACAAUAAUUAGUGAACUAAUGCUAGAGAACAGAACAGAACAGAACCACACAGACAUAUAUAAACAUAAAAACAAACCUCUUUAUAUACCACACACUCACACAAAUGAAUCCCCCAGUCGAUAGUGAACAGAUCUCUUUCCUAUCCUCCCCAUACAAACCAAACAAAAAAUGUUAAGCAACUAUUUACAAGAACAGAGCAGAAGUGUAGCUAAAUAUUUCAAAUAAAUAUAUACACAUAAAUAUAUAUACAUAUAUAUAUUGAUAUAUAUAUAUAUAUAGGUACAUAUAUGUAAAGAAGAGUCUGUAUACUCGCGUAACAAUAUGGGUAGCAGGACACAAGAGUUUGUUUGAGAGAUCGAAAAUGUAUUGUAAGAUGUGUAGUGGUUGGAUAUGCAUAUGUACAGAUGUAUGUAUGUAUAACUCUUGUUAUUGAUAGUUCCGGACAUCAAAUGUAUAUGGCAUCUGUAAAGCAAAAGGCCCAAAUUGUGUCCGCGAGUUACGUAUUUCAAUUUUAUUUAAGUUUUCAAAGAAUACGAGCCAAAAAAUACGUGAAAACAAAGCGAAAAAAAAAAAAAAAACAGUUGGUAGUUUAUAAAACAAAGUUUAGCAAUAAUAAAAACGAUACAUAUAGUAAA